AUGUCGCUCACCGUUGCCAUCUACAACUUAUCACUUUUCACUAUCGGCAUCUCCUCAAUGUGGCUACCCGCAUUCCCGGACGACAGUUGCGAUGAUCCGGGAUCCCAACUUUCUAUCGAGACCGCCCUGCGGAACGGCAGAUACAUGGGCGCUCGCUGUGUACGCCUACAGCUGCGUGACUUGGUUUAUGCACAUCGUAGACGUAGUGUCGAUGAUGAUGACACGAGCUAUUCUGUCCCGUUGCAAAUUCUCCUGCCUCGACACGCCGGCGGCCAUGUGCGCACUACUUUGGGAUCCCUCGGCAAACGUCGAUUGCACCACACGUCUCGUUCCCCCCGAUGCAAACGAAUGAACCACAAAAUGUAUUGCGGCAGGCGAAAACGAUUGCGCUAUCUUCCACCUUCGGUGUCGUCGGUUCUUGAUCCACCGCUGAAUCUCUUGCUGAACGCUAAAUCACUGGACUCCACAGUGCACCCAUCGCAAGUCAUGGCGUAUGAAGUGCUCAAGAGUACUUCACCGCACUCUCUGCCGGACGUCAUCAACGCGGUCACAAGUCGAAGAACCCAUAAUAACUUGCUACGUCGUCACGCCGCACCUCUUGAUGAAUGCUUUCUGUCCUGUGCGGCAGAUCGUUACCGGGCUUCGGUCGUUGGUGAUCCGUUCGUCCUAUUCCAAGAUGCAGCACACAUGGCUAAUUUGAUCGACCCGCUGUCAAAGUUUUCCGUUACCACUGAAUCGGAAACUCCGGGCCCAUCCACUACCGCCAAGCGCUUUCGCUUCGAUGUCCCACUAGGCCCUUCAGUCACUGAAGUUCCGCAGCAGCCUACAACCUCUUCUUCCAACUAACUCUUGCGUUACUCUACCGGUUUGCUUUCUGGCUGUGCUGAAGCCACUCUACUUUGCUUUUGUACAGAAUGAUCGCUAGAUUUAUGUUACAUGCUACUUCCAACGCUUAUCCGCUUACGUUUGCUGCUCGCAAUGAACACUCUUGAGCUGUGCAUAAGUACACUACCUAGACUAACCGCUUGUGUAAGCUGUCCGACCUGCCGAUUUCACCACUUCUUCCCCGGUAUUACUACUUUGAAAAAUACAUCAGCUUAGCUAUAUUCUCACUUGUUUUCCCAAGCCUCACUCAUGGGGUUUAGAUCUCCCCCACCUCUAACUGCUUAUUUCCCCUAAUGGAUCACUGCGGUUAUCACAACAGAUCGCUCGCACGCUGUCCUUUUACACCGAGUACGAUGGAAGAAGCAUCGACAAACAGUUCUGAUCCCAGUGUAGUCAUUGUACUGUUGUUUUUUGACCACUAAUGCUUCUGGUCACCUAUGCCAUUCGUUGGUCCCCAUGCAUGUCCUGUUGCAAAUCAAAG